AUGAUUUUACGAUCCUUACAAGCAACGAUUGAAGAAAAGAAUACAGUCGUAAAAGUCACAUCUCUUCCACCCAAAGGAAUAGCACAAAAUCAACGAAUGUGUAUGCAAAAAGACGAUAUAUUUCAGAAAUUUCAUAAUUCUUCAAGUCAUCAAUAUCGAUAA